UUAUCAUGAUAUCUCAGGCCGGAAGUCUUUAGAUAUAACGCAUGCGCAGAUCCACAGUGCCAUCAUUGUCAGCGGCAGUGCCAGAACAAUAACGCCGAACACAGAACCGGUACAAAAAAACAAGACAAACGAACCACAACUAAGACACACAGUUGAGAAGAUGAUGGAGAGGUCCAGCAGCCAAUACGACUCUUUCCUCUUCUGGAGGGAGCCAAUCCCCACCCUGGAUCUUUCUGACCUGGAAGAACUGGGUCUGGUUGACUUGGAUAACAUGAGUGAUCGAAAAGGAAAAAACUCUAAAGUUCGAGGACUGGACAAUGAGACUGAGCUUCUGGAGUUUUCCUCCUUUAACUACUGGAGAGCUCCAAUUGCAGAUGUGGACUCUCUGCUCGCUGACCUCAACCUGCUGCUCUAGAAUCUUUGUGAGAUUAUGAGGAACAUCCUGCUGUUGUUGCUGUAACUUGAGGGUUGUUUUUUUUUUUUGUAUGUUUAUUUUGAACAAACCAUGAAAUCUAUAUGUCAGCUUUUUGUUGAUAGUGAUUUAUUUAUUGAUAGAUUUAUUUAAAUUUAUUUUGUGCCUUUGCUGCUAUGUUACUUUGUUAAUGAUUGUUCCUCAUGCUGCCAAAAAGUCAACAAUAAAAUCCCAAUAAAUCAUCCCCCAAAAAACAGA